UGGUUCUCCACACACGAAAGGGAAGUGGUUUUGUAAAGAUAUAAACAGAUAGCUGACAGGGAUCCAACAUCGACAGUCCAAAGCUCUGUAACUCAAACCUGCCACAGAGAGACUGCUGAUGUCAACCGAAACCUUCAGGAACCACCAGAUCGGACAGGAAAUACUCUGGCCCAGUGUGAUGUCUUUGUUGAUGCUACUGAAUGGAUAUGUCACUGCUCAUAUUUCAGAUGAUGGAGCCAAAGACCGAGAUUCUGGAAGGUAUGGUGCUCCGAAAAUCAUCCUACCAGCCAGCACGUCCAUAAACGCUGAGCUGGGGAAGUCACUGGAGUUGACCUGCCAAGCAAUUACUGGCUAUUCCGACAAAUUCUCCACAAUUAUUUACUGGUUAGCAAAUCAACAAUUCAUCGAGGAUGUGUUUGAGGACAGCAGAGUAAAAGAAGGAAGAGAAGUAUUCCUGGCUGAAAAUGGAAAAAUGCUUAUCCAGAAGUGUCUGAAGUUUACCAAGGUCACACCAGAAGAUUUCAAGACUAACUUCGCGUGUGCUGUGAUGAAUCCCAGUGGAAGCUCAGUGAAAAACAUCACUUUAGUGCAAAAGAAGAAAUCACUCUCAAAGACUAGCCCAUGCAGAGGGAACUGCAGUGGAAAUCGGAGGCUUCUCCACAAGCUAACAACAACGACGCAGGGAAAGAUUCAGUGAUGUGAAGUUAUAAGAAACAAUGCUGGAAGCAAGCUAACACUGUAAAGGCUACAUUCUGCAUCGCUGCGAUGAACCGCCUAAAGCAACAGGGAGAUAUCCCAAGGACUGACAGACCUCAACAUCUGCUACCAACCACACCACUGUAUAGUGCAUGAAAAUUAAACAGAACAAAUUCACACUC